ACUGCAACGUAAUUUUUAUCAGCUAAUCCUUUUAUAACUGAAAGUGUAGUGUAUGUAUGUGAGUGUUACAAAGGUAAACGAAGAGAACGAGCGAACAUGGAUGCGGUCGAUGCUUUCAACACUGAACUGUUCUCUAUGAUGGAUGUGAAACCUCCCAUUUCUCGAGCAAAGAUGAUGGCCAUUACAAAGGCCGGAAUAAAAGCCAUCAAGCUGUACAAACACGUGGUCCAGAUUGUGGAGAAAUUCAUUAAAAAGUGUAAACCAGAACUAAAAGUCCCUGGUCUCUACGUGGUAGACUCCAUCAUUAGGGAAUCACGCCACCAGUUUGGAGUAGAAAAGGAUGUGUUUGGGCCAAGGUUUCUGAAAAAUUUAACAGCAACAUUCCAGCAUCUCUACCAGUGUCCCCCUGAUGAUAAAGCCAAAAUUUUGCGAGUGCUGAACCUGUGGCAGAAAAACGAGGUGUUUAGCUUGGACAUCAUUCAGUCUCUGACGGACAUGGCAACGGCACCAGCGAUGCCAGUCACACAAAACGGCAGCAUAGUAGGAGGUUCUCCCGCCCCAGCACUGGCUGUGGCACCGGCUGCUCCACCCACAGCAGCGGCAUUGCCCGUACCCACCGCCUCCAUCAUGGCAGCUCUGCCGCAGCUGCAGAACUCUGCCGCCCUGGCUGCCGUGGCACAGAUCCUUCAGUCCUCUCAAAGCCUGGAGCUUCAGCAAGUUCUGCAGACCCUCCAGCAAAGUUCAGUGAUUGUCAACAGCGAGCCUGCACACUCUCAGGCCCCUGUAGCACAGAAUGUCCCUGUGAGUGCACCUCCCGCAGAGCAGAAGAACAACAUUGCCAAGAGACUUCUUGACCGUUUUGACUAUGACGACGAGCCAGAGGGCGGGGAAGAAUCGCAAAGGGACGAAACAAAUUCUGCUGUUUCUCUUCCUGUAAAUCUGCACCAGUCCUUGCAUCCUCAGUUUCUUGCUCAGAUCCCCAAUCAGGCCCAGGUUCACGGUGCAGCUUUGUCACAACCAUACCCAGGAAUGAUACAGCCUGUGGGAGAUCCACUCAUGGGCCAACAGAUGGCCAACGUUGCAUUACCCCCUCACAUUGAGGUGGCAUCUAUAGAAAUGGAUCCAGCUGCAAGGAGGGAUGGAACAGAUCGACGCUAUGAUAGGAGAUCUCAGUCUAGGUCCCCAAGGAGAAGGGCAUCGCAUUCGCGUAGAUCCCGAUCCACUUCACGCUCGCGGCGGCCUCGUCUUCACCGCUCGAGGUCUCGCUCGAGAGAACACCACAGACGCUCUCCACGUUCUCGAUCUGAGGAAAGGAGGGAGAGAGAAAGGGAGCGAGAACGCAGACUGAAAGGGCUACCCUCUAUAAAGAGAGAAAGUCUUAGUGUUUGUAGCACCACAUUGUGGCUGGGCCAGCUGGAUAAGAAAACACAGCAACAGGAUAUAACAAGCCUGCUAGAGGAAUUUGGUCAGAUUGAGUCAGUCAACAUGAUUCCCCCCAGAGGCUGCGCCUAUGUUGUCAUGGUACACAGGCAGGAUGCUCACAGAGCCCUGACUACGCUCACCAGGGGCCCUGUCAAAAUCAACCAGAAAACUGUCAAGAUUGCAUGGGCGAUGAACAAGGGCAUAAAGCCAGAAUUUAAACAGUACUGGGACGUUGAACGCGGGGUCACCUACAUCCCCUGGAGUAAGGUCAAACAGGAGGAGCUGGACAGCUUUCGUGAGGGAGGCAUGCUGGACGUUGAAACACUCUGUCCAGAGUGGAAUGGUGCUAUGAAGGACAUGGUAAAGCCAGGUGAAGGAAAUAGAGGGCCACAGGCAACACAGGCAGAUGGAGACUCAGUCACUGCACUUCCACAGGUAAAAGCUGAAGGGUUUCAAACGAAGCCCCUCAGAAACGGUCUGUGUCUCAUUUCUGUUUUCUGCGCUCUUAUGGCAUAUGUAUUCCCUAUGGGUUGGCAAAGGGUAUUUUCGGUAUGUUGUGCAUUUGUUGUUGGUGGUUCUGUGAGAGUUUAUUUAUCAAAACACAACUCUUUGCAUUACGUUGGUGUGUGUGUCUUUGGUUCCGGAGGCAUGGAACAAGUACACCCUUUCCAACCAGUAGGAGUCCCUCCCGCUCUCCCUUUCCAUAUGGGCCAGCCUCCAACAUCUAUGAUACCAGGAGGACCACCUCCAUCCUUUCCAAACCCAGCAUUUAACUCUCCACAGAUGCUCCCAGGUUUACCUCCUCAUGGUGUAAUGUCUCCAGUAAAUGCUUCAGGACCUCCUCCACCGACUCCUGCAGUCAACCUGACCACAGGGAGCUCUAUGGAGGACCUAUCUAAAGACGUAAACGAGGCUUCAGCAAACCAAAUGGAUAUACCGGGUGGAUCGUCAAUGAGCCCCCCUGCUCCUAGAGGUCUUCUGGGGGCCAGGCCUGGUAUGAUGCCCCUGCAGCAUCCGCCAGGACCCCCACCUCCGUUCGUACCUCGCUUCCCCAACGACAUGCCACCUCCAAACAUGCCCCCUCCUCCCAACAUGCCGCCGGUUAACAUGCCUCACAUGCCCCCGCAAAUGAUGCCUCACGGCCCUAGUCCAAUGUACAGGGAGCCUCCGCCAGGGAGCAGGUUCAGAAUGCCCAUGUCCCACCCUCCACACGGAGACUUCCCGCCUCCCAGAGAGGACUUUCCUCCUUACGGGCCUCCAGGAGGACCAGGUGAAGGGGAUGAUUGGGACCCCAGGCCAUACAGGAACGAGCCUUGGGACUCUGGACAUGACAGAGAGCCAGAAAUGUUUGGGGAUGAACCACGCUUCAGAAGAGGAGGCGGGGGGUGGGACAGGCCUCGCGGUCGAGGUCGGUUCAUGGACCGUCGUGAAGAUAGGAGUAACUGGUAACUGCAGCGGGGAAGUUCUCAGGGUGCGUCGGCUGAAUUUGAACCUCGGUGGACUCGGAGAACUCGAUAGUUAUGAGCGACCCUGAAAAUGGGUUGGCUACAUCCACCAAGAGAUGCUGUGUGAAGAAGUAUCCAGCAAUGACUGUUUUCAUUUGGCCAUUGAGUGAUAACUCAUGGAAAGCACUGUGGCUCUCACACUCAUCCUGUGAGUUACAUUCUCAAAAGACCCACCAAAACCUCUAGGAGGUGGAGCACUUAAGACACUAAGUUAAUGAAGGGUUGAAUGGACAUUGUGUGUUCAUUGAAGCACUGUGUAAA